AUGUCAGAGCGAAUCCAACAAUAUUUACAUAGGAGACAAUGUUACGGAGAUCGCUACAGUCCAUAUGGUGGUAUCCCAAAGAAUUUGUUUGCACAAAAUAUUUAUGCAGACAGAUAUACUUUAUCACGAAUGACUCUUGAUAAAAAGCUCGAAGGCCACAGUGGUUGCGUAAAUACUUUAUUUUGGUCCUCUCGUGGCGACAAGCUUGUAUCCGGCUCGGACGAUGCAAAGGCCAUUAUCUGGUUUCCUCAAGAAAACUACCGGAAGGCUUGCUCUAUUGAAACUGGACAUAGAGCCAACAUAUUUUCUGCAAAAUUUAUGCCCUCCACUUCGGAUAGCAUCCUAGUUACUGCAUCUGCAGACUCAGAAGUUCGAGUAUUUGACAUAAAUGAUGGAAAUAAUGGUGGUUUAAAAAGCACCCUACGACAUGUGUACUAUUGCCACAUCAACAGUGUGAAAUCAAUUGCAAUUGAAAACGGGAAUCCUCACGAAUUUUUAACCUGUGCCGAAGAUGGAACCGUGCGACACUUUGAUAUACGUCAACCUCAUAAAUGCACACCAACUGUAUCACACAGUUCAUUUGCUCCAUCACGAGAGACUCGGCAACAUCACCAAGCCUGUACAGGAAGAAAUAUUCGAGAAGGCUGUCCGGCACCUCUUCUGGACUAUGGACAACAUUUCCGAUUAAAUUCUCUUGCACUUAACCAAAUUAAU